AGCCUUCGCGGCGAAGGAAGGAACCACCGGCGCAAUGGGCAGUGGCGCGGUGGAGCCGGAGGCGUUCGGCACGGUGGAGGGGGUGGUGGGGGAGAUCACGCGCCUGCACCGGUCACUUCCCCCGCGGCCGCCGCCCGAGGACGUGGAGGCGGCGGACGCGCUGGCGCGCGCCGCGGACCGCGAGGAGCGCGCGCGCCUCGACGCCGUCGAGUCCCUCCGGCGGGCCCCCGCCGUGCCCGAGGAGCUCUUCUACGUCGCGCAGGACAUGCACCGCGCGCUCGCGGCCUUCCGCUGCCGGGACCAGAAGCGCGACGCCGCGCGCCUCCUCGACCUCGACGCCCUGCACAACCUCUUCGACGACCUCAUCACGCGCGCCUCACACUGCGUGCCCUCCUCCUCCUCCUCCAGCCGCGCUGCCGCCCCGCCGCGAGUCGCCAGCAACGGCGGCGCCAGUACCUCCUCGUCCAGCUACUCCUCGGCGGGGCCGGUGGUGGCUGUCUCCGACCGCUCAUCUUUCGCCACCAACGGCGGCUUCAGUGCCGUGGGCACCAGCAUGGGCCGUGUCUCCAUGGAUGACAGCUACGUCAACAAGGCCAAGGCCGCAGUGUGGGAUGGCGGGGUUGUCACAGCCAACUCACGUCCUCCGCGAGGAGCCGUCGCCGCGGCACACUCCCUGCCGGUUCCAAUGGAUACCAGUUAUGGAGAUGGUACCGAGAAAUUGAGCCUCAUUAAGCUAGCUAGCAUGAUUGAAGUGGCCGCGAAGAAAGGCGCUCAGGAACUCAACUUGCAAGCAAAACUCAUGGCCCAGAUUGAGUGGAUACCUGAUUCAAUCGGAAAGCUCACUGGUCUUGUUACCCUCGAUAUUUCAGAGAACCGGCUUGUGUCUUUGCCAGAAACUAUCGGGAAGCUUUUCUCUUUGGCGAGGCUGGAUCUUCAUGCUAAUCGAAUCGCUCAACUCCCUGACUCGGUCGGGGAUCUUCGCAGCUUGAUUUACCUCGAUCUCAGGGGCAAUCAGCUGACAGCAUUGCCCUCUAGUAUCGGCAGGUUGGUGAACCUUCAGGAGCUUGAUGUGGGUGCGAACCGGAUUGUCUCACUACCUGAUUCAAUAGGAAGCCUUACACGCCUGAAGAAGUUACUGGUCGAGACAAACGACCUUGAUGAGCUACCUUACACAAUCGGUCAGUGUGUUUCACUGGUCGAACUGAAUGCAGGCUAUAAUCACCUGAAGGCUCUUCCAGAGGCUGUUGGGAAGCUAGAAUCUCUGGAGAUCCUUGCUGUGAGGUACAACAAUAUCAGGAGCCUUCCAACUACAAUGGCCACUCUCACUAACCUCAAGGAGCUUGACGCCAGCUUCAACGAGCUUGAGUCAAUUCCUGAGAACUUUUGUUUCGCGACUUCUCUUGUUAAACUGAAUGUCGGGAACAACUUUGCUGACAUGCAAUCUCUGCCUCGCUCUAUUGGCAACUUUGAGCUGCUGGAAGAGUUGGAUAUAAGCAAUAAUCAGAUCAAGGUUCUUCCAGAUUCCUUUAGAACUCUGAAGCGGCUCCGUGUGCUUCGUGCAGAAGAGAAUCCUCUACAGGUGCCACCAAGGGAGAUAGCUUUGAAGGGAGCGCAGGCGGCCGUCCAAUACAUGGAGGAAUAUGCUACCAAGAAAGCUACGAAGCCACAGCCAGUGAAGGGAAGGAACACUUGGGCUCAGUUCUGCUUUUUCUCCGGUCCUAACAAAAGAAAGCAUGAUCGGAUAGAAGACACUGAUACAUGAUCCAUGGAGGCUUGGUGAGAGUUGAUGAAAUGUUUCCUGGUUCACUGCUGCGGAACAGACUAUAUCAUUUGCCCUUUGGCAAUGGUCGAUGGUGCAGGUUUCUGUUAUGGAACCAAGAUGGGCUAGAUUACAUCAGAUUUACUCUGCUUUCAUCUUCUACGCUUUCAACUGAAAUGAGUACUGUCAUUCUUCUUUUUUGUGUUUUUACGGGAAGGGUAUUGCUAGACUUCAGUGGUUUACUAGUUUGUCUUUGUGUCUCUUUAGCUCCUUUAUGCAUUCUGGAUAGUGGUUCUUCCAAAAAACAAAAAAAAAAGUACUCCGUAUUUUGUAGAAUGUUGCUGAAUGCAAUGAAGAACAGAACAUUUUGUA